AUGGAAGACGGCAUAGUUGGUGACCUUCCUGAUGAAGACCUUGACCCUGCGGAUAUUCCUCCCCUCCCAAUAUUUUCCAAAGAGUCUUAUGGACUCGCCAAAGCCAGCGCUGAUGGCGACCUUCCUUUAUUGAGAUCUCUCUUCGAACGACACGAGAGAAGCCACGACUGCGACGAGCGAGAGGCUUUGGGUAUCGCAGUGAGAACAACAGCUAAGCUGUGUAAACUUGCAGGUCAUGCACUUCCGAUGCUCACCGGUCGUACUGCAACAGCCGAUAAUACCGCGCCAGAGAGCAGCGACCCACUGCCAGUGGCUGCUCGGCUGUAA